AUGACUGUGCAAACCGUAUUUUCGAACUUGGUCAGGGAGGAACCUGACCCAAUUAUCAAGACCAUGCAACAAUACCAUAAGGAUACCAACCCGCAAAAGAUUGAUGUUUCAAUCGGAGUUUACAAGGAUGAAUCAGGCGCAUGUUACGAGUUCCCUAGUAUCACCAAGGCCAAACAGAUUUUACACGACAAUGAUCCAGGACACAAUUAUACCAGUAUGGCUGGUAUUGCAGAUUUUGUUGCUGGUGCGCAAAAGCUCGUUUUUGGCGACGAAGUUGUCAAACAGGGGAAGUUGGCUUCGAUUCAAGCCAUUUCGGGGACGGGGUCAUUGCAUAUUGCCAUGUUAUUAUACCGCGAAGCUGGAUACACUAAUUAUUAUAUAGGAACACCAACGUGGCAAAAUUACCAACCCAUGAUCGAACACAAUGGUGGGAGUGUAACGAUUUACACGCAUUAUAAUGAAGAAACAAGGUCGGUUGAUUUUGGCAGUGUUUUGAACGUGUUGAACUCAGCACCAAGUAAAUCUGUGUUCCUCUUCCAAACAUGUUGCCACAACCCUACUGGAGCUGACUUCACCCAUGAACAAUGGCAACAAAUUGGUUCCAUAAUGCAAAAACGUCAAUUACUUCCUUUAUUAGAUACUGCAUACCAAGGAUUUAGCUCCGGGAACCCGGAUCAGGAUGCGUGGCCAAUUCGCUACUUGUACAAUUCAAACUUGGAGUUCAUUGUUUGCCAAUCAUUUUCCAAAAACUUGGGCUUAUAUUCUGAACGUUGUGGAGCAGUUCACGUUGUAGUUCAAGAUAAAGACUAUGUCCCCAAUGUACAAAGCAACUUGAUUGCUUUUUUUCGUCACGAAUGCUCAUUUGCGCCAGCUUUUGGAGCUAGAUUAGCAGCCAUCAUUUUCAACAAUGAUAAAUUGAGAAACCAAUGGUUGAAUGAAUUGGAUGAAUGUACGAUAAGGUUGAAACGUUUGCGUCAACGCAUUUUGGAUAUAUUGACUCAAUUGGAAACACCAGGUGACUGGCAAAAUGUUGUUCAACAAAACGGCUUGUUUUGGUACUCUGGUUUAUCCAAAGAGCAAAACAAGAAAUUAGUUGAAAAGUACAAUGUUUAUUCAACGACUAUGGGAAGAGUCAAUGUUGCUGGAUUGAAUGAUGAAAAUAUAGACUAUUUUUGUACCGCAAUUGACAAAGUUGUAAGAAGCACAUGA